GGUGCGUUGCUCUAGAUGUAAUUCAUGGCAGUUCUGGCGAGUGAAUUGGCAGCCAUUUUUAAACUGCUGAGUAUAAAAGAGAGCAGGAAGGACGUGAAUAAUGAGGGUUCAGACUGCGAGAUAGUGAAUAUGUGAGCGUGCGACGGACGGACAGAACGACGAGACUCGUUGAUCGGACGCGACGAACGCAAGGGAAAAAGGAUUAUUAAGGGGAAUCCAGUGGUGUUCAUUCCCCGAAGUGCGAACGUACGUCCUCCGAGCGGUGGAGGGACGGUGCUCGAGCAAAUACACUUCGUCCCCGUGACGAUUGAUGAAAUGGUGAACUGUCAACACCUCCGCAGUGGGAAUAUGAACGUGACCCGUGGCAGUCCGUAAACCGUGCAAAGUAAGAUCGGUCCGUCUGUAACGGAGACUCGGUGGUGUUAGUUUCCCGUUUCGAUUUCAGUUAAGGUUAAUCUAUCCUCGAUGCCGCGGGGCCCCGGCUAGGAAAGCGCGAGAGUGAGAGUGAUGUCGGUACUACCAUGCGAGAGAUCGACGAACGAAAAGAUCGUGUCUCCCGGAUGCUAAGUUCCUAUAAUAAUGGCAGAUAAUGUGCACAGAAAAUCGCACAAGCUGUCCGACGGUAGUAGAAAGAUAUCGAACCCAGUGCACCGUACCACCACCGAGACGAUCCGACUAGGCGAACCGGAGAGACUGUACCAGCCGGUUAGUCUGAUCAGCCCGGGCAACGUGGUGACCGCAAGUGGCAACCAGUGCCGGAAGAAGACGUCCUCUUUUCAGAUAACCAGCGUCACCGUUGGCUCCCGUAUGAGCAAUGACGCCGGCGAGGACUCGAACGACGACCUCGACGAGUCGCACACGGAGGACAACUCGGUGGAACACUCGCGCAUCACCGACAUCGAGACGCCCAGCUACUCGGAGGACACGUUCUCCAAGGAGGAUGUGUUCUUCAACGCGGGCAACGCCGCGCUCAGCACCGCCCCGGUGAUCCCGACCAGCUCGCAAUACGGCCUGGCGAUCGUCCCCUCCGAGGGGAACAACGUCAGCAACUCGGUGAACGACAGCAAUAUCAACACCCUUGACAUCACGUCCGUCACGGACAACAACAUCAUCAAUUUACUCUCGAGCAAUGCCAAGCAGGAUGCGGAUCUCCGCGAGGUACACUCGCACGGCAGGAACGAGAGGUUCAAGGUGGUGAAGAUCGAGAGCACCGAGCCGUUCAAGAGGGGCAGGUGGACCUGCAUGGACUAUCUGGACCACACGUCGGUGAACCAACCGACGGCGAUCAGCACGCCCAAGGUGUCCGAUCCGAACGAGGUAUGCAUAUCCUACGGGGUGACGGACAGCGGGAUCGUCGUGCCGGACGCGUCCAAGCAGCAGCAGCAGCCUACGGUUGUGCCUGAGGAGAAAGGCAUGGGGAUCGACGCUAACGGACAGGCACAAACCGGCCACGCAGAUGUGCACACGUCGAUCGGCGUGCCAAGCAAUCCGACGCCUGUCUCCAGUGCUAGCUACGCGGUGAGCAACUCGAUUGGACCCAAUGCGCAGCAUAAUCCAACGCAGGUUCAAACGCAGCAGGCCAAGGUUCAACCGCCCUCGCAGAUACCCCAGUACUUUCAGUCGUCGGCCCAACAAUUGGCUUCUCAGCAACAGAGCGGCCAGGGUUCCACGUUACCUUCCAACCUGCAGCCGACCCAUCCCAGUAACUUGACCCAACCUCAGAGUAUGCCCCAAGGUUCUAUCCCUAUAAUAACACAGACUGGUAGCAGCAAUGUGACCCCCCAACAAAGUAUACCUCAUUCGAAAGAAGAUACCUAUGUGACAGUGAACGCGCAGAGUCAGUCAUUGCCGGUUCAAAACGUUUGCCAGCCUCCCGUACAGCAGACACCUGUACCAACGUCCCAGGCACCUAAUAUUCUUGUCACGCAGCAACAGCAGCAACAUGCCCCUCAACAACAGCAACAGCAACAUCCGCCGACUCAGCAGCAGCAGCAGCCACAGCCUCAACAGCAACAGCCUCAACCACAACCACAGCAGCAGCAACAGCCUCAAACUCAGCCUCAGCCGCAGAGUCAGCCACAGCCUCAGCCCCAGCAACCGCUGCAAACACAGAAAUCAAUGGCUCAAAUGUCUGAGCCAUUGACCGCAAUACAAGGAAUACAGGGCAUCCAAAAUAUUCAUAAAGUUCCUCAGACAGGCGUGCAGCAAACCUCGUCGACCAUUCACGCUCCUGGAGCACCGGUGCAAUCGCAAGUGAUACCGCAACCUUCACAAAUGCAACCUCCAACAUCCGGUAGCAAUGCUCAAGUACAAAUGGCACAGGUAUCCGCUAGUUGCCAGAACGUCGUGGGAGGUAUGCAACAGGGAAACAUGGCGUUUCAUCAGCCAGAUCCGGAACAGGACUCUAUUUCAGGCAUCGUAGCUGGAUCCGCUCAGUCGACUGACACGACCCUUUUAGAGUCGUUGACCGAAGUCACUCAGGGCAGCGACGAACACCAUACCCUCGAAGAUAAUGAAAGUAUGUCGGGGACAAGCGCUGUAGCGAUUGAUAAUAAGAUUGAGCAAGCUAUGGAUCUUGUUAAGAGCCACUUGAUGUUUGCUGUACGGGAAGAAGUCGAAGUACUCAAGGAAAAGAUAGCUGAGCUUAUGGAUCGUAUAAAUCAAUUGGAAGCUGAAAAUUCAAUCCUGAAAGCACACGCGACACCAGAAACGUUGGCUCAAUUGAGUCAAUCAACAACAAAAUUACCCCAAAACAAUUCAGGAAGUGGUCAAUAGGUAAUCAUUGUACAUAAGUUUCUAUUAAUACUUUGUCAAGUACAUAACGGAUAAUAUAAUUAUUGUAUAUAACUUUACGAUUUUUAGAAAUUUAUAAACAAUGAGAUUUAUUAUAUUAUACAUAUUAACAUUAGUAAUCUUUUUUUUAAGUAAAUUAAAGAUAAUAGAUUAUUUUUUACUAUUUCGGUUUACUGUUUAGUAAAUAUAUAUAUAUAUAAAUAAUAAUUUAAAUCUGUAAAUUCAAUUUUCUUUCUUUUCAAAGUGAUAAUCAUUUUGAAAAUAUAUAUUGUUACAAUCCUAGACAGAAACGAGAACAUAUAUUGAGUGCAUGCCAAGAUUAAGCAGCAUAAAUAAUGGAGUUGAUAUUGUUUUACGAUAGAUUCAAGAUUUUGAACAUGUUAAAAAAAAAAAAAAAGAAAGUAUAUAACAAUACGAAAUAGGCAGCUAGACAUUCCUAGAUUAUUUUUCCUAUUACCUUCGCAUUUGGCCAAUCUCAUCUACCGUAAAUUCAAUUGAAGUGAAACAAUUGAUUAUUUAACAUAAGAGUCUAAUGUUCAAGGAACAUUUGUAUAAUUUUAAAUUACAUGUGAUUUUAUGUUGAUAUUUUAUUAUCAUUUUCAUUCGUAAAAACAGCUUUUUUAUGUGAAACUGUGUAAUUUUCAAUAUCAUUAAAAAUAUCAAGCCUCAUAUUUUGUAAUCUCUACUCUCAUUUUUAAAACGAUAUGUAUUAUAAUCAACAACAUGCUGAAAUCCAGGAAAACGAUUAUUUACUGGUGUGCAUUGAAAGAAAAAAAAAAAAAUCUACAAUUUCCUGUCAACAUUUUAUGUUACAUCUUAAACAUGCCUAAUAAAAAAAUUUUUAAUUGUAUAA